AUUUCAUCUCACGGUCAUCCCAUUACUGCCAGUCUGCGUGCACGCCCGAAUAAUGUCCCUUGUACGCACUCUGUGAUCCAAUGGCUGACGAACCAAGCCGAAAGGCUUCACUACUGCGCUCACAUUUACUUGCCUUCCUCCGCUCGCACCGCAUCCUCUUUGGCUUUGCUUUGUUCUCGGCAACGACGGCGACCUUCGUGGCCAUCCAUCUUGGAUUCUUCUCCACCCUCUUCAUAUACCUCCCCCUCGUUACGAUAUGCGUACCAGCCCUCAUGAUUCUUGAUGUCAUUGACGCACGCAAUGCACGAGCGUGGGCCAAACGGAGAAAGAUCCGGUUCGGGCUGUGCCUCGCCUGGAGUGCAUUUCUGCUCCUGGCGCCGACGUACCCGACGUAUGGCCGGGACUCGUAUAUGAGUGCCCCAAUACCACGAUUGCCGAAGAACGAGACGUACUUCAUCGCCGCGAAUUUGUACGAUUACGCGCGCCAUCUACCGUCCUGGACCAAGCAGAUGGACGCGCUCAUCCAGCAUCUUGGCCCACAGAAUGUAUUUCUGUCCAUCUAUGAGUCUAACUCGCACGACAAGACCAAGGCUAUGCUGCGCGACUUCGAGGCGCAUCUCGAGCGUGGCGGGGUGCGGCACCGAAUUCUGAUGGAGACGGACGACCGACGGACGGCAGGGUGGACGAGCGAUGGGCAUGAGCGGGUGCAGUACAUGGCUGAUAUGCGGAACAAGGCACUAGAGCCGUUACGCAAUGCGACCAAGGUCAUCUUCUUCAAUGAUGUGUAUUUCGAGUGGAAGAGCAUCGUACGGUUGCUCAACACACAUAAUGGAGAAUAUGAUCUGGCCUGCGCCCUUGAUUUCGACGGGAUUGGGCUCUACGACACAUGGGUCAUCCGAGACGGCUGUGGUCACCGAACCAAGGAGAUGUGGCCUUAUUUCUCGAACGAUCCCGUCGCCGUGGAUCGCCUUCGGAAUGACCAGCCCGUCGAAGUCGCCACUUGCUGGAACGGUGUUGCUGCUUUCGAUUCUCGUUGGUUCCUAUCAAAUAACCCGCUCAGGUUUCGGGAUGACCCACGGUGUGCUGAAUCGGAAUGUUUUCUGAUUGGAUACGACAUGCAUGUCAAGACGUCUCCGAGUCGACCGAGGGUUUAUGUCAACCCGCAAGUGAAUGUCGCUUAUACCCCGGAGAAUUGGUUGUAUUACGGGACCCUCAAGCACCUGAGCAUCACUCGACCUUGGCGGGUUGUCUGGGAAGACUGGAUCGGCUACCGACUUUUCGGAUGGGUUUCUGAUCGCAUCUGGCUCAAGGACGAGACCUGUCCAUUAGAGAAAGAGGGACUGGUCAAAGCUGGACAUUGUCCACUAGACAUCGGGCAUCCCCUUGUCCCACUCCUCAUCCACGACGAUGCCGUUCAAGCUAUCCGCUACGCUUGCGGGCCACACCUCAGACGCACGUCGCCCAGCCUAAUCGUUCUGCCGAUCGAGCUUUCUGACCGCCAGAUCCAGGUGCGCGGACUGAGCACUCCAGCCGACGAUCUCAUCUUGUCGGCUUCGCGUGAUUCGACCGCGAUCGUGUGGAGACGCGACCCAAGCUCGUCCUCUCCCGCUUCGGCCUUCACCCCGGCCACCGUGUACCACCCGAGCACGCGCUUCGUCAACGCCGUGACGUACUUACCGCCCACACCCGAAGCCCCGAAAGGAUAUGCCGUGGCGGGCGACCAGGACGGGGUCAUCAGCGUGUAUGCAUUGGAGCCGACGAAGGAUGAGCCGGACUUCAUGCUUUUGGGCCACACCGGUAACGUCUGUGCCUUGCACACCACACCUGGAGGCGCCAUCGUUUCCUCCUCUUGGGACCACACGGCCCGAGUCUGGCGAGACUUCAACGCGGCAUUUGAGCUCAAGGGCCACGAGGACAGUGUCUGGGACGCGAUCGCAGUCAGUGAGGAUGAAUUCAUCACCGCGUCAGCAGACAAAUCCAUCAAGUUAUGGAAACAACACAAGGUUGUGCAGACGCUACCAGCGACCGGAGUUGUGCGGUCCUUGGCACUUAUUCCCGAUAUCGGGUUCGCUUCCUGCUCCGACAACGAGAUACGAGUCUGGACUCUGGGUGGCGACCUUGUACAUACACUAAAUGGCCACACCUCUUUCAUAUACCAGCUCGCGGUCUUACCCAACGGCGAUCUCGUGUCGUCAAGUGAGGAUCGAAGCGUGCGAAUCUGGAAAGAUGGCGAAUGCGCGCAAGUGCUUGUGCAUCCGGCGAUCUCAGUGUGGACGGUUUCGACAAUGCCCAAUGGCGAUAUCGUCAGCGGUGCUAGCGACAAGAAUGUCCGGGUGUUCAGUGCUGUGGAAGAGCGAUGGGCUCCUGCGCACGAGAUCAAGGCCUAUGAUGACGUGAUUGCCCAACAAUCAUUGGCGUCGCACGAUGUCGAGCAGGUGAAGGUCGAGCCCCUGGAUGCGUUGAAGGUGUCUGGGAAAAAGGCCGGCCAGACACUGCUUGUUUCAAACGGGGACGUGACCGAAGUAUACCAGUGGGACGGUUCCGUCUGGCAACGAAUUGGAGAACGUGCCGAAGCGCCAUCGGGAAACGCAGCAACCAAGACGUAUUUCGAAGGGAAAGAAUGGGAUUACGUUUGGAACGUCGCCCUCGAGGAUGGGGAGCCGUCCCUGAAGCUCCCGUACAAUGUUUCUGAAAACCCUACGGUCGCCGCCAACCGGUUCCUUGAGAGGAACAAUCUCUCUCCGAACCAUCUGAAUACGAUCGUCGAGUACAUCUAUCAGAACACAGGCGGCCAAACGCUAGGUGGCGGGGGCGAGCAAUAUUCUGAUCCCUUUACGGGAGCAACACGUUAUCAGAGCAACGCCGCUUCUGGGGGAUCGGGACCUGCGGCUUCAUAUGUAGAUCCGUACACCGGCGCUUCCCGAUACGUGUCGUCUACAAGUUCAUCAGCAUCUGCACCCUCUUCUGCUUACAUGGAUCCGUAUACCGGUGCUUCACGCUACAGUGGCCAGCCUGCGCCGGCCAAGCCCGUCGUCAACAGCAUUCUGCCCUACCUGCAGCCGGUGCUGCUCAAGGAAGGCAACCUGACUGCCAUGCGGGCCAAGCUGCAGCAGUACGACGAUCAUAUGCGGCACGAAAUCUCCACCUCAGCUCUGGCCCUUUAUCCUGAAGAGGAACGGGCCAUCGACGAGGCGUUCAGUUAUGUGCAGAAGGCCUCGGCAGGCAGCCGGCCUACAAAGCCACUGGGCAAUGCGCAUAUUGAUGCCAUCGUCGGGGCUCUGGACCGGUGGCAUGCUUCUUUCAGAUUGCCAGUGCUUGACCUCGCACGAUUAGUAGUGGCGUAUUGCCCGGAAUCCGUCCAAGCGCCUGGCGUCAAGGAACGGUUCUUCUCCGCGCUAUUCAAGUCGGCAGAGUUUGGAUCGCCGUGGGUCAAGCCGACAGCGAAACCGGUGGAGGUGAACUUGAUGCUUGUGUUCCGGGCGCUGGCGAAUGUCAUGCAAGAGGGAGCUCACACUACUGAGGGGUCUUGGUUAACUCAAGUGCUUCAACUGACGUCGGGCGCACACUAUGCAGAGCUGACGACCAACCAGCGGAAAGGGCGAGCGACCAUGUUGCUCAAUAUUUCGUGCAUCACCUUGUUUAACCCCCUGCCCUCAUCAGCCCGCUCUGUGUUCCUGGGCAUGAUUCUGGAGGCUCUGAAGACCGAAUCCAGCGACACAGAAAGCGCUUACCGCGCUCUCGUUGGCCUGGGCAAUCUUUACUACGCGUCCAAGCAGCAAAAUUCACCUCUGGACGCUGCUCAGACUGCUGAAAUCAAGCAAGUGGUGUCCGAAGUAGCCAGUCGAUUUUCGGAAGAGCGAAUCCGGAACAUGGCUGCCGAGAUCUCCAGUUUAUUGUAGAUUGAUUGCAUACUGUAAAUACUGGGGGACUUUAGGGCUGCCAUACACGUUUCCUUAGACAGCUGUGAUUGUAACUGUGCACCGCAAAAUCAAUGUGUAUCAGCAAACGCAUCCAUAAAAACACGUUACGUAACGAGUUGCCAUCGGACCGCAUCUUCCACAUGGCUUCUGCUAGAGUAUACAUCGUGCGCCACGGUGAGACCCAGGAAAAUCGGGAAGGCAUCAUCCAGGGCCAUCUAGACACCGAGUUGAAUGAACUGGGGCUGGUGCAAGCCAGGACCGUGGCAGAAGCACUGCGAUCUGCGGGUGUACAUUUCGAUAUCGCGUACAGCAGCGACUUGCAGCGAGCUCUCAAGGUGCGAGCUCUUCCGAGGUGAGAUAUGCCAGGCUGAGUAAGUGGAUGAGACUGCGGAAACUAUCUUGUCCCAUCGAGACGACAUCGAGAUCAGGAGGGAAGAGGCCUUGAGGGAGCGCUUCCUCGGACGUUUGCAGGGUCAUAGAGCCGGCCACGGAGUAAGAGCGCCGAUUGCGCAAGCCGAGGACGACGUCGAGAGCGCGUCGGAUUUCACGGCGCGCGCGGUGGGAUGGUGGAAGGGGGCGAUCAUGCAGCGGACGCUGGGGCUGGCCGCGCGGGAGACGCCGUACAACGUGCUGGUGGUGAGCCACGGGGGUUUCAUCGGGACGCUGGUGAAGGCGUUGAUUGGGAGCGGGAAGGCGCAGUGCGCGCCGGGGGUCGUGAUUUGGACGUGUCUGAACACGUCGGUGUCUAUUUUGGAAGUCGAAAAGGGGGGCGGUGUGACUGUGGUGCAGUAUGGAGAUGUUCAGCAUUUGGAAGCUGGGAAGGCGGUGGAAGGGAAUGUAGAUGAGCACCGCUCCGAGCGGAAGAGUAGGGUGCUGUAGCAGGGCAUCCAAGUACUUCUCUACAGCUAUCGGCCUGUGUCUGCUAACGCCCGACUCAUGCCCCUCCGACUGACGAAUUGGAAGCUUGGAUUGCCAUGCACCCGAUAGUCGGUAUCUCGCGGGCUCUUGGAGUGGCGUCAGGGUCCGUACUACGCAUUGUUCCGGGGGGAUCGUCUGGACAAUUCCUGCCUUAUACAGGUUCAAAGCUGUAUAUAUGGCAUGGGAUCGAAAGGUGUAUUGACAUAAGUGCUUGGCAUCCAAAUUUACACGUCGUGCACUGCCUGCGUUUACAUCAUAAACCUUUGGUCUCACCCACUUUCCCGUUCCGACCGUAUUCGCUCAUUCUCCCUCUCGUCUCGCAUCCAUGUCAACAUCUGAAAGCACACCCCUCUUACCUCACACCAACGGCACAGCGGCCGGUGGGCACUCGUUCACGCACCGGGUCAAGGCCCUUAUCAAGGCGGAGGGCGAGCCGUCCUGGAUUGCAUCCUACAAGUUCUUCUUGUUCGGCUCGUGGCUGAACAUCUUCCUCCUCUUUGUGCCACUGUGCAUCCUCGCGGGGGAGCUGCAGUGGGACGCAGCCCUGCGCUUCUCAUUCAGUUUCCUUGCCAUCAUUCCGCUGGCUAAGCUUCUGGGUGAUGCGACGGAGCAGAUGUCCAACAAGCUGGGCCCGACGCUCGCCGGGCUGCUCAACGCCUCCUUCGGCAAUGCGGUGGAGAUCAUUGUGGGCAUCGCCGCCUUGCUGCAGGGCCAACUCCGUAUCGUCCAGACUUCCCUGCUCGGCUCGAUUCUCUCCAACUUGUUGUUGGUUUUGGGCUGCUCCUUCUUGGCCGCGGGAUUCAAGUUCGAUGAAAGCAACUUCCAGGUUACAGCCGCUCAAGCACUCUGUGCGCUAGCUCAUGACGCUGGCUUGCAUCACCCUUGUGAUCCCUGCUGCUUACCACAGCACGAUGACUGCGUCGAUCGAGGAGAAGAAAAACAUGGCUUCCUCCUUGCUUGGGUCAAAGCUUACGACGCCCGCUUUGGACGGCCUGCUCACCAUCUCGCGCGGCACGGCGCUGCUUCUCCUGGGAGUUUACGUGGCCUAUCUCGUGUUCCAGCUCAAAACGCAUGCUUACCUCUUUGAGGAGCCGGAAUCCACCGACGAUGGGCCUGCCAUUGAAAGGGAGGCGGCGGAGAUGAGCGUCAUCGCGGCGGCUUUCGCUCUGCUGGCCACAACCGUCGUGACCUCUUUCUGUGCUGACUACCUGGUCGGAUCCAUCGAGGAGACUGCCGACCGCUACUCGAUCCCGAAACCGUUCAUCGGCCUGAUCUUGCUCCCCAUCGUGGCUAACGCUGCCGAGCACGUGACUUCCGUGUGGAUGGCAAUGAAAGGUCAGAUGGAACUCACCAUCGGAAUCUGUGUCGGCAGCUCGAUCCAAAUCGCGACAUUUGUCGUCCCUCUGCUUGUGAUCGUCGGAUGGAUAUCCGGCCACGAGCUGACGCUCUUUUUCGCUAACUUCGAGACCGUGACGUUGUUUGUCUCCGUGUUCCUGGUAAACACGCUCAUCCAGGACGGGAAGUCGAACUACAUGGAAGGCUUGAUGCUUAUCACUCUCUACUGUGUCAUUGCUUUGUCCUUCUGGGUCACUGAGUAGUCUCGGAUGCGUGCUGAGCCCUGCUUUAUCUAUCUACUUAGUGCUUUUCGUA